UCCCAAUGUCUGUAGCAUAGGAAUUCUCAAGUCUGCAAAAUCUUUAAAGUGAACUCUCAGACUUACUCGUCUAAGUGUCCUCCACAGCCAGACCAGACCCAGCAGACACUGUUGCUUUACGAAUUAGUCUGAGGGUUUGGCUGGCCUAGAGUUUCUGUGCUGAUUCCAUUUCUCCUCCAAGAAUACACACAGAAGCUGAUAUGAGGUCAUUUUCUGCUGGUUUCUGGUGUUGCCAUGGUAACCCAUUCCUUAGGUGUGUUGACCCCUCCCAAUGAGUCCCCACUGUUUUCUUACAGGCACAAAUGUUGUUCAAAGAUGUGUCUGUGGUCUUCACUCAGAAGGAGUGGCAGUUGCUGGAUACUGCCCAGAGGCGCCUGUACAGGGAGGUGAUGCUGGAGACCUACAGGCACCUGCAAGCAGUGGGGUGCAAUGUCACCAAACCUGAGCUGAUACGCAAGCUGGAACGAGGAGAAGGUCCUUGGGAAUCUCCAGGCUGCAGCCUCUCAGAAGUCCAGAGGGCCAAUAACAUGACAACAAGUGAAGAAAAUGAAGACAAACAUUUGAGUCGAGUUUUAUUUGUCAACAACAAAACACUAACUAAGAAAAGAAGCAAGGCUCUAAAAGAAAUAGUUUAUCUGGCUACAGACUCAGUGAACACAAGAGAAAUACAUUGUAAGUGUUAUUCAACUGAAACAAGCUUGGAAAAUGUUGCAGGAUUAAUUACUGACAACAGAAACUAUGCAACAAAAAAGUGUGAUGCUUUAGGUGGGUCUAUGUUCCUUGAGUCUAAGCAUGAAAAAACUCAUAUAGGAUGCAAAAAUUGUGAAAGUGAUGAAAAGAAGAAACUCCACAGUCCUAUAGAGGGUCGUACUCAACAUCAAAAGCCCUUGUAUUUGGAGAAACUCCUUGAAUAUAAAAAUUGUGGGAAGAGCUCACAGAGAAAGACAGCCUCUGUUAUUCAUGAGAUAGUUCACACAGGACAGGAGCCCUCUCAGGAUGGGAAAUGCAUGCAAGACACUGCCCACAAGAUCAGGUUCCAGUAUUUUCUAAGAACUCUUAGAGAGAGGAAGGCACAAGAGGCCAGCAAAGGUGGAAAACCCUCGUGUGUGAAGUCAAAACAUGAACAUCGGAGAACUCACAUAAGGGAAAAACACUGCGAAUGUGAUACGCAUGAGAAAUCCUUCAGUGAGAAAUCUGAUCGUACCAGACAUGAGAGAACACAACCAGGAGGAAGGCCUGACAAGUGUGAUGUAAGUGAGAAAGCCUUAAGAAACUCACCCCACAUCCAAAAUGAGAUCCAUGGCUGUGGGAAAUGUAGGGAAACCCUUCUCGGAAAGCCAUGCCUUACUCAGAACCAGAGAACUUGCACAACAGAAAAGCCUAAGCGUGUGGACAGCCAAACAGCCUUAAAGAAGUCAUGUUCAACCCUAAGUCAGAGAACUAGCCCAAGAGGGAAAAACUGCGAAGGCAGUGAGUGUGAGGAAUCCCCAGCCCCCUUCUCCAAGGAAUUGAAAUGCACUCAGCAUCAGAGAUCGUCCUUGGAGGAGACAUGUGACGAGUGUGAGGGAAGUGAGAAGUCACCCCUCGGUGACAAUCAGAGCAAAGAACAGAAAGUCUGUGGGUGUCACCAAUGUGAAGAGGGCUGUCCUAAGAAAGGUCUUACUCAACACCAGAGCGCAAACCCAGGGAAAAAACCCUAUGCGUGCAAUGAGUGUGACAAAUCCUUCUUGGUUAAGUCAAACCUCACUGAACACCAGAGAACUCAUACUGGAGAAAAACCGUAUGAAUGCAACGAAUGUGGGAAGUCCUUCUGCCAAAAAUCCGCCCUCAAGGUACACCAGAGAACUCACACAGGAGAAAAACCAUUUAAAUGCAACGAAUGUGGGAAAACCUUCUGCGUGAAAUCUAACCUUACCCAACACCAAAGGACUCACACAGGAGAGAAGCCGUACAAGUGCAGUGAAUGCUGGAGAUCUUUCUGUGUCAAGUCCAACCUCGUUGUGCAUCAAAGAACUCACACAGGAGAAAAACCCUACAAGUGUCUUGAGUGUGAGAAAACCUUCUAUGAGAAAUCUGCCCUCACAAAACACCAGCGGAUUCACACAGGGGAAAAGCCCUAUGAAUGCAAUGAAUGUAAGAAGAGCUUCAGCCAGAGGUCCGCCCUUACCAAGCACCAGAGAAAGACACACAAGAAGAAAGCAUCCACUAGUAGCCUUCAUGGACCGAUACCAGAAUCAACAAGCAAGGCUCACUGAACAGCAACAAAACCCAGCAGCGGGGACGCUGCUAUGGCAACAGCAGAGAAAAGUGUUCACUAACAGGUUGUAAGUGACAGAAGCUAGAGGAUUAAUGUUGGACAGAAAGCAUAAACUAUUUCAAAACAUGAAUACUUUCAGCAGGUAUUUGAUGUUGUUGAAGAAAAUAUAUAUAUAAUUUUAAUGACUAUGGAGAAAAAUGUCCUUGUGGAAAUAUUGUCUAACUAGAAGUUAUAUUUCAGAUGUGAUGUGAAACUCAUUACAUGACAGAUAACAGAGUGCCAUCUGUUCUUAGUGGAAAAUGAAACAUGGAUCUUUCAUAACAAGGAUAAUUUAGGUUACUGAUUCAAUGGUGAUGAGCAGCCAUCUUUUCCCUCCACAUCGUGAUUUUCUUCAUCGUAUUCUCUCCUUGGCUUCCUAGAAGCUUAUUUAAUUUUUCCAUAAUAAAGAGGACACUGACAAAGACAAAAGAACUAAAGUGGAAAAGACCAAAAGGCAAAGUACAGGAAUCAACGCAGCGGAAGUGACAAGAUCGAUCAGUCUCUAUGUUAAAGAUGGGAGUCAUUUAGUGCCAAGUUAAAAACUAUGUCCAGGGACUGGCAAGGUGGCUCAGUGGUAAAGGCUCUUUCUACAUAAGCCUAAUGACCUCAGUUUGAACCCUGGAACCCAUGUAAAGGUGGAAUGAGAGAACUGGUCCCACACGGUUGUCCUCUGACCCCAAGCAUGCACUGUGGCACAUACAUGUUCAAACACACAUGUUCACACACACACACACACACACACUGAUAAUACAUACAACAAAAACUUAAGCAACAAUGAACCCCCUAAAUCUAACAACAGAUAGUUUGUAAAAGAGAAAAAAGAAGGGGGGAAGAAGAAAGAAAUUUAAAGUCAGUUGAGAAGGGACUUUGAAAGUUAAAAGAUAAAUACAUAUAUUUUUAAAUCUAUUCAAUAAAGUGUGACUUUGUAAUGGU